GCAUAUCUAUUGGAUUUGGCGAUCAAUUAAUUAGGGGGCGAAUAGCUUCCAGGUGACGAUCAAUCUGGUCCGCAUCUGACCAGCUUCGCGCGUCCCCAAGCGCCAGAAUGAAUUUCGAUUCUAGCAAACUGGCCGAUCCGGUCUCAAUCUUCAAAGCGGCCUCCGAGCAAUUCCGGGCAUCACUGUCGGACAAGCAGCUCCGGCUGUUCAAAGAAUACCCAGAUGCAAAGACAAUGUUGAUGUCGAUCCAAGACCAGGUCGGCAAGCACCCAAUCCAGACCAGUGUCUUGACUCGAUGUUGUCAAAAGAUCUUAGCCCUCUCUACAAAACUGUCUCCGUUCUUCGAAGUCAUCAGUCUCUUCGUCUCCUCGCACCCAGAGUUUGCGGCUCUCGCAUGGGGUUCUCUGCGUCUCGUAUUCGUAUUGGGCUCCAAUCAUGUUCUCUUUCUUGAGCGUGUUUGCCAGCUGUUCCAAGACAUGGGGAUGAAACUACCAGCAUACGAAGAGUUUCUCGAAAGCCUCAAUGCAGCACAAGGCAGACGACCAGUCCGAUCCCCGACCCGACUGCUUAGAGCCAUGGCUUAUAUCUAUGCAGACCUAGUUCAGUUCUGCUUUGAUAUGUGUCAAGUAUUUUCGCGCAAACGGUCUAAAUUCCUCUCGCUUCGAGGAUCCUUCAUCCGUUCUUUGCCAACGACAGUCUUCAGCCCCUUCAAUGUGAAAUACGAUACGCUCCUCAAGCGAUGGGACCAACAUCAGCAACUCAUACAGUUGGAGAUGGCCGUCAUCACAAGCGUAGAACAGAUGGACGCCACGGGAAGGAUAGAGUUGAUGCUCAACAAAUUCAUUGAGGAAGGCGGAUUUGAAGACGAGAGCACAAAACAGGCACGGAGAGAUCCGGCACAGACCAAACUACACCUCCAAGCAUGGAUCAACCCGCCACCUUGGCUGAGCCUGUUCGAAAGUGCCCAGGAUCAGCGAGCGAGCGAGAGCACAGGGUGGUUUGUCCGUCACGAUCUAGUAACUCGAUGGAUUCCCGAAGAGCCGGAGCUGGAGCAGUCAUCAUUUCGUGUGCUAUCUGUGCAAGGAAAGCCGGGCUAUGGGAAAACAACCCUUUGCACAACCCUCAUUGAACACAUAUGGAAGCAAACCAGCAGUUCCAGUAUCGGCUGGCAAGGUCACCGUACUGCUCUGGCAUUCUUCUAUUUUGACAAGCAGAGGCCAGACAGCGUUUCGAGCAGUGCCGCAUGGCGAGCUAUUUUAAUGCAGCUCCUGCACUCCAUGUCUCCCUCCGAUCCAGACAUCUUCGAUAUAUUUCUCCUGCUCCGCGAAAACCCUCGCGCUGGCCAACCUACGGCAUCAGACAACGAGAUAUUCUCAAUCUUGCACCUAAUUGUGCAGCGCCUCGACCGUUUAUUUCUCGUGUUUGAUGGAGUGGACGAAUGUCUUGAUCAGAGGCACUUCUUGGACCGCCUAACAGCCAUCUGCAAUCUGCCCGGCGAUGCUCUCGUGGCCCUCUUCAGCAGGCCGACGGUGAUACUGCCAGCUAGCUUGCUGCCGAAUACCGCGGUGUUGACCUUGGAUAGCACCCUGAAUUUGCAGGACAUUGCAGCAUUUAUUCGGCUGAGAAUGGCGAGUCACUUCGACGACGGACUCCUACCACCAUCUCUUCACUUGGAAGACGCCGUUACACUCGUGGCUGACCGAGCAAACGGCAUGUUCCUCUGGGCUACACUCUUCAUGGACUACCUACAGUCACCACAUCUGUCAAUCCGUGAACGCCGCGAAGCCCUCGAGAAUCUGACCCGGCUCGAAGGGCUAGACUCGCUUUACAAGGCAAUUCUAGAUUCUCUCAAGAAGAGCGCAUUUGGAAAUGCCAGGACCAACAUCAUACAGGCCUUCAGGUUGGUGGUAUGUUCGUUCAGACCACUCCACAUCACCGAGCUGCAGUACUCCAUUGCGAUUCCCAUGGACAGAAGUGUUGAUUCCGACGACUUGAUCCCCAACUUUUCGCAGAAACUGGGGCUUCUGUCUGGAGCACUCCUGGAACUGGAUCAAAACCAGUGUGUCCGCUUUGUCCACCUGUCGGUCAUUGAAUAUCUGACUAAUUCGACGGACCUAUCGUCUGGGAACGAUGCCUCCCUGGAGAUCACCGUCGAUAUGCAGGGCAGCCACCGGUCCUUUGCCUGUCGUUGCCUAUCCUAUCUCCACUACAGUGUAGAGGCUAACCCGCUUGCUGGUUCUCCUCGCAUCAUUCCCGAUCCCGAAGUCCAAGGGAGACGAUAUCCACUCCUCGACUACGCCAGCGAGUUUUGGAGUUUCCACGUUCUGCAGUGCUUGGAAGACUUGACAUCGUCUCCAAUCGGUCAAGAUUUCACACUACUGGUCGGGCUAGCCUCCAAAUUCUUGUCGAGCAAGCGAUCAGUGAUGGUGUGGAUCGAAGCAUCGUGGAUGUUCAAGCGACCACCUCAAAUCCGGCAUGGGCUUCAUGACGCUUUCUUUCAGAAGCACCCCCAGGCUCCAUCGCAGCAUGAUCGUCAACUGAAAUCCGGCUUGGAAACCGCCUGGACAGCUCUGCUUCAACUUUGCCGUGAUCUGAGCGACAUGAAAAACUCAUGGGCACACAUUCUCAUGGAAGAGCCGAACGAGAUAUGGGAGCCCAGUGUAUCCGUCUUCAAUCAAUCUCCAUUCUGGCAACGAAUCUCUGGUGCGAACAUUGCGGCGCGGUUUGAGGCUAGGCCCGACGGGGACCAUCAAUCUAUAUGUCUCAAAACUCAGCUUUCGCAUGACGGAUGUCGGCUGGGGCUUAUUCGACUCUACGCCUCGCUACGAGAUGGACGGAUAACUGUCUUUUUUGAACUGUGGUCAAUCGACCCCAACAUCAAGCUUCGAGAAGUUGAUCUGAGAAUACCAGGGAGCUGUCUCAAGCCGUUCUUUCAGACGAACCAGACCCGCCCGGGGGAGUUGAGUCCGCUGGAAGCUCUCAGGGAUGGCUUCCAAUUUCCUGCCACCAUCACGGCCGAUUUGCAACGCACCGCUGUUCCCGGAUGCGUCGUCCAUAUACCCGCCCCCGAGAGCGACCAGCCAGAGUUCAUCACGGAUCAUAACAUAGAUGAAUCCACGCAGUUCAUCGACAUUACCGGCAAUGCCUGGCGUCAUGGCCCAUUCAGCUUCGGCAUUGAAGAUUUUCAGCUCAACUAUGAUAUCCAGCUGUCAGGCACAGGAGAGUAUCUGAUGACAGUGCACAAGUCCAACGGCAUCGUCGACUUGCGAAGAGAUCUGGGCUGUCAACUGCGACUCGUCACUAUCUACCAAGACGCGGCGACGCGUUCCUUCACGCGGCCUUCUUAUCGUCACGUAGCGUCGUUGGCCUUCAAGCCAAUGUUCCUACACCACAAUGAUAGAGAUGCCAACUGGUGCGCCCUUUUACACCCGCGAUACCCGAUAGUCGCCAUUAAAUAUCAACGCAUCAUCGUCCAUCGAGACGCCCAAAACCGAUCACAAGUGAUGGAGCAUGUGGAAGACACGCUUGGGGAAGGCCCUGGUGCAGCGCUCUGGAGCUUUGGGGAAACAGCUGUUGCUUGUCCAGGGCACAAAUCCCUAAGGUUCUCUAAAUUCUGCCCCGAAAGGCUCGCCUUUGACCACGACGGCGAGUACUUCUGCGGCAUGCCUGUCAACGCUGAAGAGCCGAGGUCUGGCACGCGCCACUACAAGAACGCGGUUUGCCCCAACAAGACGCACCAACCCGGAGGAUCGAUAUCCCAUCCCAAAUGGCAAGUUGACCUCCCGUACCUAGCAAGCCGACCGGCUCUACACAACUUGGGGGAACUCAGCAGCUACGUCGACGAGUCGGGUGACCAUUCCAUAUCACAACUAAAAGAUUCUGGCAACGGAGGUGUCGUGCUAGCCACACUGCGCAAGGACGGACUGAUCGAGGCCGAGAUGGUCACGCGUCUCCCCGAGUCAAUCUCGGGGGACUACAGUGCAUCGGUGCUGAACAACACCGCCGCUGGUGAAAAAGGCCCCCAGACCCGGAGACUGUUUCUGAGCCAGGCCAACCGGCCCUUCAAGCGCCACUACAUACAAAUGGCGGAGCAGGAAACGAAGGACCCUGCCGCACAGUUGCCGUUUGUCUUGCAUCGGCAGCGCGAGACGAUACCGAUGGUGGUUGGUCAGGGACAGUACGUCGUGGGGCGGGGCCUUGGCUUUGAGGAAAAGCAGCAGAUGAGGCUGGAGUGGCCUGGUGCGGAGCGUGAGGUUAAGCGAAGGGACAUGAAAGAGUACUCCCCCCCGCUCUCGGAUGCCUGAUUGUCGGAUAAGUCGGGAAUAAGCCUCUGUUUGCUUACAGGUUUAUUCCAUGGUAACUUUGUUAUGCUGCCACAAAUGGGGCUUCUGGCAUAGCACGUUAUGGCA